AUGGAUCAGGACGAGGGGCUGACGGCCGUGGACAACAUCGUCACUCAAUUCAACACCUAUGAAGACUUCCUGGACUCGCAGAUCACCACUAUAGACCUGUAUUACCUGGAGGAUGAAAGCCUGGCUCGCCAGUUGGUGGAGCUAGGUUACCGAGGGACAGGAGAGAUUGUGAAAAGAGAAGAUUUCGAAGCAAGAAAGGCAGCUAUAGAUAUUGCAAGGCUGGCUGAAAGAACACAGAAAAAGACACUGACGAGUGCUGGUAAGGAUCUGCAGGAUAAUUUUCUGAAGGCCCUGGCAAUGAGAGAAGAAGAUAAUCGCAAUGGGAAAGUGAGCGUAAAUCAACAGAGGGUGGCAGCAGCUUAUAUUAUGUCAAAAAAAUUAAUUACUGUGAUCUUCAUUCGUGACAAAAAUUCUCAUGGGCAAGAAGUGUCAGGAUAUAUCGACUAUGCCCACAGACUAAAAACUGAAGAUUUUGAACUUUACUUUACUGGAAAAAGAAGACUUCUUCCAAGGCCCACAGAUUUGAGCUUUUACAACUGGGACAAUCAUAUUGCUGUUUGCAAUUCAAGUCCAAAUUAUCAAGUGAUGGCUGACAACCCUGAAGGCUUACUUUUUAAAUAUAAAAGAGACAGGAAAAUUCUCAAUGUUGACCCAAAGGCACAGCCAGGAGACAACUCGGCGAGAAUCCCUAUCCAGACGGAACUCUACAUGCACGUGGUUCUCUUCGACCACAUCUCCAGAAGGAAGACUUAG